UGUUUUCUCGAUUACCUCCACGCCAGUGGGUAAUUUACUCGAGGUGAGAUGCAGAGAAGAAAGUAGAGAAGAGGAUUGGUGCAAUGAUGCAGCCUUGCCUGAUCACAGUCUUCACUGAGAUAGGGAUAUUGGAAGCUGAAGAUUGGCAGACAGAAAUAAAAAUCAUCACAUCAAGAUUUAACAGAGUCACUUGAUUCACCUGGAUCUAUAUCAUCGGCUGUUGAAUGUGCACAGAGAAAAGCUUGCCUGUUCUGUCUGCGGAAAAAAAUUUCAAACAUCAGUGUGACUAGAAAAGCACCAAGACACACACACCCGAGUGAGAGUAUUCCAGUGAAUUGACUGUGGAAAGAGUUUUGACCAGUUACACAGCCUAAAAAUACAUUGCACCAUUCACAGUGGGGAGAGACUGUACACGUGUUCUGUGUGUGCACAAGGCUUCAACAGAUUGUCCAACCUGGAAAAACAAAGACAUGAACACCGUGGAGAAACCAUGGAAAUGUGGGGACUGUGGGAAGGGAUUCGAUUAUCCAUCCCAUCUGGAAUACCAUCGAUGCAGUCACAUUGGGUUUGGCGUCACAGAGAGACCGUGGAAAUAUCAGGAUUGUGGGAAGGAAUUCAAUUACCCAUCUGAAUUAGAUAUUCAUCGACGCAUUCAUACCAGGGAGAAGCCUUUCACGUGUUCAGAGUGUGGGAAGGGAUUCUCUGAUAUAUCCACUCUGCUGAAACACCAGCGAGUUCACACUGAUGAGAAACCAUUUAAAUGUCCAGACUGUGAAAAAUGGUAUAAAAGCUCCAGGGCACUGAUGCGCCAUCAGCAAGUUCACACUGACGAGAGGCCGUUCAGGUGCUCUCACUGUGGGGCUGGGUUCAGGCGAUCAUCUCAACUCACUGUACACCAGCGAGUUCACACUGGAGAGAGACCGUUCGUCUGCUCCGAGUGUGGGAAGGGAUUCACUCAUUCAUCCAACCUCUUGAGACACCAGCAAGUUCACACUGACUUGAGAACAUUGAAAUAUUCUGAUUGCGGGGUAAUCUAUAAAAGCAGCACUAGUAUUCUGAGACACCAGUGCACUCACACUGGAGUGGAGCCGUUCAUCUGCUCCAUGUGGGGGAAGGAUUCUCUUGGGCAUUCACCCUGCUGUAACACCAGCGAGUUCACACAGGGGAGAGACCACUCACCUGCUUCGAGUGUGGGAAAAGAUUCACUGAUUCAUCCCACCUGUUUCCCUGGUUCAGAGCUCCUGGACAUGGAACAGAAGGCUCCUUUACAACUGUGUUUAGAGUCAUGAAGAACAAUGGUGACUGCUGGAAACGUGCUGUCAAAUCAGAGAUUGGUGUAAAACUGUGAUCUGUAAAACUGUAAAAAAGCGAAACGGCAGGUUUAAGUUUCCAGUCUGAAAAUGGCUGUGAUAAUUAUGUGAACAUAGGAAUUAAGAGUCGGCCAUUCACUCCUUCAAGGCUGCUCCGCUAAUUGAUAAGAUCAUGGCUGAUUUGAUUGUGGUCUCAGCUCUACUAUACCAUCCCUAUAACUCCCUUAUCAAUCAAGAAUCUUAUCUAAUUCAGUGUUAAAAACAUUCAAUGACCCAGCCUCCGCUGCUCUGAGGAAGAGAAUUGC